AUGGGUGACAACUGGCUCAGCAAGCAAGUCCAAGGCUACGUCGCCGGUGCCGGCAAGGUGGCUGGUGGCAUCGUCUACGGCGUAGGCAAUGGUGUGAACAACGUCGGUCGUGGCAUUGGUGACAGCAUUACCAACACGACACGUUACUGGGGCCAGGGUGUCGCAGGAUAUGGCAACAACAUCAAGGAUGCUUCUCGUGCGGGAGGCCCUCGCGUUCCCACUGGCGGAAAUCCUCUCGGCUUGGCUGGUGCUGGAUCGAGCAAGACUUUGAUGCCUGGUGGAAAGCUACCUCCCGGCAGCCAACAGCGCAAUGCUGGCAAAGGCAGUUCUAAGAACCCGCUGGGCCUGUAA